GCUGCCCCUGGGCCCGCCCCUCGGGCCAGCCAACCAGCCUGCUAUCUCUAACAUCGUCUCUCUCUUCCUCCUCAGGUUCCUGUCUUCCCGUUAGCCACUGCUACAACGAGAGAAAUGGCGACCGCCGAAGUACUGAAGAUUGGUAAGAAGCUCUAUGAGGGUAAAACAAAAGAAGUCUAUGAAUUGUUGGAUAGACCUGGAAAAGUCCUCUUGCAGUCUAAAGACCAGAUUACAGCAGGCAAUGCAGCUAGAAAAAAUCACCUGGAUGGAAAAGGUGCAAUCUCAAACAAAACUACCAGCUGUGUUUUCCAGUUGUUACAGGAAGCAGGAAUCAAAACUGCUUUCACCCAAAAGUGUGGUGAGACAGCUUUCAUUGCACCUCAGUGUGAAAUGAUUCCAAUUGAAUGGGUGUGUAGAAGAAUUGCAACUGGCUCUUUUCUCAAAAGAAAUCCUGGUGUCAGAGAAGGACACAAGUUCUACCCACCUAAAGUGGAGUUGUUUUUCAAGGAUGAUGCCAACAAUGAUCCACAGUGGUCUGAAGAGCAAGUUAUUGCUGCAAAAUGGUGUUUUGCUGGACUUAACAUAGGUCAGACUGAAGUGGAUAUCAUGCGUCAUUCCACACAGGCUAUUUUUGAAAUACUGGAAAAAUCCUGGUUACCUCAGAACUGUACACUGGUUGACAUGAAGAUUGAAUUUGGUGUUGAUGUAACCACAAAAGAAAUUGUUCUUGCUGAUGUUAUUGAUAAUGAUUCCUGGAGGCUCUGGCCAUCUGGUGAUAGAACCCAACAGAAAGACAAACAGUCAUACCGGGACCUUAAAGAAGUGACUCCUGAAGGUCUCCAGAUGGUGAAGAAAAACUUUGAAUGGGUUGCAGAAAGAGUAGAGUUGCUUCAUGAAGUGGAAAGUCCAUGCAGAGUUGUGGUAUUGAUGGGCUCAAUAUCUGACCUUGGUCAUUGUGAGAAAAUUAAGAAGGCUUGUGGAAACUAUGGAAUUCCCUGUGAACUUCGAGUAACAUCUGCCCAUAAAGGACCAGAUGAAACUCUAAAGAUUAAAGCAGAGUAUGAAGGAGAUGGUGUUCCUACUGUGUUUGUGGCAGUAGCUGGCAGAAGCAAUGGUUUGGGACCAGUAAUGUCUGGUAACACUGCAUAUCCAGUAGUCAACUGUCCUCCUCUUACAUCCGAUUGGGGAGCUCAGGAUAUAUGGUCCUCACUUCGAAUGCCUAGUGGUCUUGGCUGUUCAACUGUACUUUCACCUGAGGGAGCAGCUCAAUUUGCAGCGCAGAUAUUUGGAUUAAAUAACCAUUUAGUAUGGGCUAAACUUCGAGGAAGCAUGUUAAACACAUGGGUUUCCUUGAAGCAGGCAGAUAAGAAAAUCAGAGAAUGCAGUUUAUAAGAAGAAUGCAGUGAAUUUUUAAAAGUGGAAAAAAAAGGAUUCUAAUUUAGCUUCAAAAGGCAUUACCAAUCAGGCAAGAGAAAAGAUUAUUCUAAACUAAUCAUAGAAUAAUACUAAUAAAAUUUCUUACUUGGUUUUAUGUUUGUGGUAUGGUAGAAUGUGUGUGUAUCUUCCAUCUUUAGUAUGUAUAUUCCUUUAUAAGUAGAGAAAUUUUGUAAUCCUGUCUGGAAAAUAUUUUUUUGGUCUGUUAUCCAAUGUUUAGUAAUAGCCAGGUUGUGUUAUCAGUGACAUGCUAUUCAUAUCUUGAGAUAUAAGAUAAAGUGUUAUUUCCUAUCACAGAGCUAAGCUCUCUAAAAUUACUUCUAGACUUUGCAAACACCCUAAAUGUAUAAGGUUAAAGCAAAAAUGUAUCUUGGAAAUAAUGGUAAGAGCUAUGGCUUUAUCUCCUGUUUUACACUGUAGUCAAUUAAAAUCUCUUAUGUCCAUAA